AUGGUAAGAAAUUUUUGGAGUUAUUUUUGUAGGGGCCGCAGGAAAAAGUUCUACAGUCUUUUAUUACUUUUUCUAGUAUUAUUAAAUGCUAUGUUUUAUGUAAGCUUUUUAUUAUACACAACUAUUCAGAAGAGGAAUAAGAAAGCUUGGCAUGAGAGAUUACAGUUUGAUCAAGACUCAUAUGUUGAUAACAGUGGAAUGAGAGUUGUUGUUGGACACUAUGUUGGUGGAAAUUCUGGAGGGAAUUUAAGUGAUGAUACUAUUAAUAGCAACAAUUACGCACCCAUAUCUGGUGCAGGAGAAGGUGGUAGACCAGUCCAACUGUCACCGAGAGAAGUUAUUACAGCUCGGGAGCUGUACCCACUACAUUCAUAUAAUAUACUUGUUAGUGAUAGAAUAUCAAUUAAUAGAAGCUUGCCAGAUAUGAGAAGUGAGAGUUGCAGGAAUGUGCAAUAUGAUAUAGAAAAUCUACCAACUGCUACUGUAAUAAUAGUUUUUCAUAAUGAAGCAUGGUCUACGCUUAUGAGAACCUUGAUGUCUGUUUUAUUAAGGUCCCCAGAAGUAUUAUUGAAACAAAUUAUUUUAGUAGACGAUGCGAGCGAGAGAAAAUAUCUCGGGAAAGAACUAGAGAAUGCCAUUGUAAACUUGGGAAAGGUACAAAUCUUGCGAAGUGCGAAUAGGACGGGAUUGGUUGGUGCGAGGCUCAUGGGUGCUAGAGCCGCGACUGGCAAUGUGCUAGUGUUUCUUGAUGCUCAUUGUGAGGUAACGCAAGGCUGGCUGGAGCCUCUGUUAGACCGGGCCGGAAGCGACGACGUAUUCAUUUGUCCACACAUAGACCUUUUGUCUGACGAUACGCUGGCAUACACAAAGAGCAUCGACGCCCACUGGGGCGCGUUUAGUUGGCGACUUCACUUCCGGUGGCUUAUGCCCAGCAAAGAAGUCAUGUUGACCAAAACGGAAAACCCCUCCAAACCCUAUCCGACCCCAGCCAUGGCUGGAGGUCUCUUUGCCGUCCGAAAGAGUCUUUUCUGGAGAUUGGGGGGUUAUGAUGAAAAUAUGACAAUUUGGGGGGCGGAAAACCUAGAACUGUCAUGGCGGGCUUGGCAGUGUGGUGCGCGGGUGGAGAUUACGCCGUGUUCGCGAGUCGGUCAUAUAUUUAGAAGGCACAGUCCUUAUAAGUACCCCGGAGGGGUUGCCAAGGUUUUGAACUCAAAUCUGGCGCGCGCUGCGUCUGUCUGGAUGGACGAGUGGGCAGAUUUCUUCUUCAAAUUUAACCCGUCUAUUGCAGCGAUACGAGAUCAACAAAGUGUCGCGGCUAGAAUAGAACUCAGGAAGAAUUUACAGUGCAAAAGCUUUAAAUGGUAUUUGGAUAACGUGUGGCCUCAACAUUUCUUCCCGGCUGAUGACAGGUGGUUUGGUCGGAUACGUAAUGAAAAAGGUAGUUGCCUCGGGGUUGUCUCUGGUACUCCGGGGCUCGGAGGACCAGCGGCUGGUGUAGGUUGUGGAGGUGACCUGGAUGUAGAACGAUUACUUGUCUACACCCCGGAUGGUAGGAUCAUGGCUGAUGAAGGAUUAUGUUUACAGCAAGGCAACGGUAGGGCGGUAUGGAAAAGUUGUAACGACAGUAAAAAGCAAAUAUGGAACCAGAAAGGACCUCGAUUGAAGACGCAGGAUGGGUUAUGUCUGACUCAGUUAAUAAGUGACAGCAAAGACGGAAUCAAUGACCCUUUGACAGCAAAGAGGUGCGUCAACGACAACGGCCAGAUUUGGCAUUUUGAACGUGUGCCUUGGCGGUGA